AAACUGUAACAGAGUGACAUUUACACCGGAAGUACAUAAUGUAAACAGGGGUUGUGUUUUGGAGGUGAAUGUAGACGUCUCAAGACACCAGAAAAAUGUCUAAAAAUACCAGAAUAGCGCUGGUUUUUGGGGGGUUUAUAACAGCAGUCGCCGCUGCUUUAUAUCCUAUUUUCGUCUAUCCCCUGACACACAAAGACGAGUACAGACAAACUCAAAGGAUAAACCGGUCUGGAAUAAACCAGGAAGAUGUGCAGCCUGUGGGUCUAAAAGUUUGGUCUGAUCCCUUCAAGCCCUCAGAAAAGCGAUGAGCUCCUCCUCGCCGCCCCGGGCGCUGCCGGACGGUCGUGUCUUUGAAAGCGCUGAAAGCCUUUAUGAUGAAAUGUGUUUAGUGAGUGAAAUAUGUCACGAGUGUUUGCUGUUCAACUUUUUGACCUAAAUAAACUUCAAGAACUUCUAAAAAACCUUAA